AACACACAAUGUUGGUGCAUAAAUUUUAGGUCAUUUUCCCUUUUCUAGAUCAUAAACAUUGUACUGUUGAUCUCAUCUGGGAUGAAUCACAGGUUCUUGCAAAUAGAUGUUCAGUCAGGAGUUUUGUACUAUGGACAUUUGGUGAGAUGGUGGAAUAGUGUCUUUUUUCCCCCAAGGUAAUGAGUUAGUUAGGUGCUCAUUCUCCUUGAUGUUACAGUCCAAGCAGGGGAGACAAAUAGCUGACCUGACAUGAUAAAUGACAGUGGACCUCCCACUUAGCCCCAGGUGCAGAGAGAGGGAAAGAAGGCAUCACACAGGAGAUGUGAAUGCGUGGCAGACAGGCUUGGAAAAGCCACUCCUCUUGUUUUUUCCAUGGUGCCUUAAAACAACCACAACCACUGUAGGCAGAGUUAUAUACUUGCUCUAACAUGUGCUACUCACAUUCUCUGUGUUGCAUGUUGACCCCUGAGAUGUUUUUUCCAUAGACAAAAAUGUUUUGCUUCCAACACAAUAUCUGUAUUUUUCAAGUCAUGGUAUCCGGUUCACUUACUCAGUAGUUUCUUUUCUCCAUCCUUCCAGGCUUAUUUCUUACCAUUUAGUACAGCAUAUCUGCCAGUGCCUGUGGUUUUACCAGCAGAAAAAGCAGUAUCUAUGAAAGAAUUCAUUUUAAAACAGCUUAAUAUUGUUCUCCAUAUCCUUUUCUAAAAAGCUCAUUUUAAAAUGGUCCAUGUUUUUUAAUGCCUUCUCCUUUUUGGUACUUUUUAUCUUUUCUUUGGUCAGUGUGACAAAUGGUGGGAAGACAACAUUGGCUAAGAACUUGCAGAAAUUCCUGCCAAACUGCAGUGUCAUAUCUCAGGAUCACUUCUUCAAGCCAGAAUCUGAGAUAGAAACAGAUAAGAAUGGAUUUUUGCAGUAUGAUGUGCUUGAAGCGCUUAACAUGGAACAAAUGAUGUCAGCUAUUUCCUGCUGGAUGGAAAGCCCAGGACACCCUGUGGGACCAACAGGCCAAGGAAGUGCUGGUGACAUCCCCAUUUUAAUCAUUGAAGGUUUCCUUCUUUUUAACUAUAAGCCACUUGACACCAUAUGGAACAGAAGCUACUUUCUGACCAUUCCAUAUGAGGAGUGUAAGAAGAGGAGGAGUACAAGGGUCUAUGAGCCUCCAGACCCCCCAGGGUACUUUGACAGCCAUGUGUGGCCCAUGUACCUGAAACACAGACAAGAAGUGGAGGAUGACGUCACAUGGGAGAUUGUUUACCUAGAUGGAACAAAAUCUGAAGAGGCCCUCGUUUCACAAGUGUAUGAAGAUGUAAUACAAGAACUAGCAAAGCACAAAGGUUUGCAAGAAACAGCAUAAAGUUGGCACCAGUCAAAUUUCUCCAGGAUGAAUUAGGAAGCUCAAAGAAAUAUACUUAAGAACAUUAAUCAGGAUGCAGUAGUUACUGUGGUACAGUGAUAGGUCUUGUUUUAUCUGUUUAUUUUUUUAUCAUACACAGUUUUCCCAGCAAGUGGAACAGUAAGUAUCCAUGCCAGUGGACAGGAACCUACCUGGAUGACUUGCUGUCACUCCAGGGAUGCUAUAGAUACAGUAUGCUUAUGAAUAGUGAGUCAGUUCCUCUGUAACAGUGAUUGUCACUUUUGUGACUGGGACCUAGCAUAAGAAGUAAGGAUUACAUCACCAUCCAGAAUAUAUAUAAGCCAUUGAGUGUGUACAGUUGUAUAUCCAGGUGUGAUAUGUGUGUGUAUGUAUCUAUACAUUAGGCACUACAAUACAUUGACCUUAUACAUUAUGCACUGUGAUUUUUUUCUGUUUUUAAUUUAAUUAACACUGCUCGCCACCAGCAAAUAAUAGUAAUGCCAGGAAUAGUAGUCACAUUGACUAAAUCAAUAACUUACUAAAGUCCCAGGAGUUUUGUGUGUUUUGUUGGUGGGAGGUUUCUUAUUUGUCCAUUGUAUCUCUUAUGUUGAGACUUUGCUACAAAUAGAGCAAUUUUCACGUUUUUUCUUUGUUUUUAAAAUUAGUGGUUUAAAAUCACAAAAAUAAGCAGUUGCUUCAAUUGUAUAUAACAUCAGGUGCCUUUCUUUGAAAAGCAUAUGCAGGAUAUGGGAAUUGUGUGACUUCUUGGUGCCUCUUUCAGUGCUGGAAUAUAAAUUAUAUCCUGAUCAACCAUUUGUUUAUUAAUAACAGAUUACCUAUAUUGCCUCAAUCCUAAUAAAAUAUU